AUGAGAGGAGAAGGGAUUCAAACCCUGUACUCAGCGUUGGGGGGGGCGGGAGUUACUAUGGUUCUGAGCGUGCUCACUGAGACCGUCUCGGUGCGGUGCAGACUGGGCGAGCCGGUGCUGCUGGACUGCCGCUUCUCGGACCCCUCGUCCCCGCUGUCGGCGGGGGGCUUCGCCGUGGAGUGGCGGUACCAGUUCAGGGGUCAGGGCCGCCUGGUCCUCGCCUACGACGGGAAGACGGACCGCCUGGCCCCCGGCCCGCAGGAAGGGGCGGCGCUGGACUUCGCCGGCCUCCACGCCGCAGGAAACGCGUCGCUGGUCCUGCAGGAAGCCGAGGCGCGGCACUCGGGACGUACGUCUGCGCCGUGCACCUGCCCCUACCUGCUGGCCCAGGUGACCGUGGAGCUGGAGGUGGUAGAGCCCCCCUCCCUCUCCAUCAGCCCCUCCCCGCUGCCCCUCGCCGCCCCGGGCCAGGUGCUCAGCGUCCGCUGUGAGGCGUCCGGCUACCCCCUCCCCCUGGAGCUGAACUGGGAGUUCCUGGGGGCGGACGGGGCCCCCGCGGCCCUGGGGGAGGCCAGCCUGUCCGGCCACCGGGAGGCCUGGGACGGCACCUACAGCCAGAGCAACCUGCUGCAGCUGGACACCAGCGCCCUGGGCCGGGGGGGGGAGCUGGUGUGUGUGGCCCGACACCGUGGGGGGACCAGGCGCUCCAAGGUCGCCCUAGAGGUCAUAGGGUUCAGCACCCCCUCCAUCCAGGACUCCAUGGCGAUGGUUGCCGUGGCGCUGCUGCUCUACGGAAUCAUCACACUGGCCUUCAGGAACAUUGCUGGAGUGAGCCGGAGGCGAGCGGAGGACCCCCGCAGACCCCGAGGGCGGGCCUGACCAGGGGGACCCCCACCCUGAUACAGCGCUCCCCCAGGAGGUCUGAGUCCAGGGGGUCCAGGAGCGUCUCGUGGCCCUGCGGUCCUCCGGGACGGUUUAUUUAUCUGUCCUUUUUGUACCUGAUGGAAGUCUGUUCUCUUUCCCUACCAGAGUUUUGUACUUUGUUGAUAAUAAUAAUUAAUAAAUAUUUAUUACAAUU